AUGAUCCACGUGUGGUAUCAUCAUCGAACCCCUGCCAAGAUAGGGCCGUGUCAUAAGAAACGCAUAAUGAGUACACAUGUCAGUCCUACUGUUACACCGGUGACCUUAUUAGAGGCCGCACCAUUUGAAAAUGUACAUCACAGAGCACAAACCACACAAAUCCAUGUCCUCUCUGUCAAUGAACCCGGAACUGCACAGAAGCAGAUGAAGGGAAUUGUGGGGAGGAAGACAAGGGCACACUUGAAGAAGUUCUUCAACUGUCUGAAUUGCAGGGAGGUAGACAUAAACAAUGGUGCAUGCCGGAAGCAGACAAGGGUGCGCCUGAAAAACUCUUCAACUGCCAGAAUUGUGGGGAGGCAGAUAAGGGCGCACCUGAAGAAGUCCUUCAGCUGCCUGAAUUGCGGGGAGGUAGACAUAAAUGAUGGUGCAUGCCAGGAGGCAGAUGAGGGUGCACCUGAAGAAGUUCUUCAACUGCCUGAAUUGUGGGCAGAUGAGAGCGGGGAGGCAAAUGAGAGCGCACCUGAAGAAAUGAGAGCACACCUGAAGAAGUUCUUCAACUGGUGGAAUUGUGGGGAGGCAGAUGAGGGUGCACCUGAAGAAGUUCUUCAACUGGCGGAAUUGCAGAUGAGGGUGCACCUGAAGAAGUUCUUCAACUGCCUGAAUUGUGGGGAGGCAGAUGAGGGCGCACCUAAAGAAUUGAAGAAGUUCUUCAACUGCCUGAAUUGUGGGGAGACAUGCAUGCUGGAAGCAGAUGAGGGUGCAUGGUGGAGGCAGACAAGGGGUGCACCUGAAAAACUCUUCAACUGCCGGAAUUGUGGGGAGGCAAAUAAGAGCGCACCUGAAGAAACUCUUCACCUGCCGGACUUGCACACGACAGGGCAGGAGGUCCAAGAGAGAAGUAUUGUACAAUGGGGAUCUAAGGAGCCUGCCAGGAUUAUGGAUCUGUGA